AUGAGACCAUACAAGUUGUCAAAACAGACCAUCAAGUCGAAAGAGUUGCGUCUAUUCUACAGUAAUCAAUGGCGUUUGGAGAGCGGUCGUCUGCCAGAUAUGCGAUUCCAGGACAUCAAUUUUGAAACGGACAUUCAAAAGCGCGUAGAUUCAUUCAUGGAUGGAAACGAACUCGUUGGUCUGUUAAUAGGACCUACAGGUUGUGGAAAAACCCAUGAGAUUAUCAAUAGGGCAAAAAAGCAAUUCACAAUCUUCAUUGACGCUCGAUCUUACCCAGCUUUAGAUGACUCUGAUGAUGCCUCACUCUUCUCAUUGAAAGAAAGUUUUGAAAGCAUCACUUCAAAAUGGAAAAAACCGAAUCAAGACCUGCCACAACUCUAUGAUAUUACCUAUGCCUUUCUACUGUCUCGUGUUCUGUUCCUCAAAUAUCUCAAAGAUAUCCUAACAUAA